CGGGCCAACACGUUUACGAACACGCAUUUGCGCCCGUCGACAUUGGCUACGAUUAUGACAACGGCUUUGAUGGUAAUGCUACUGAAUACGAUUAUCAGCAUUCUCGCCAGUAUCAACAGCAGCCACUAUCUCAAAGCCGUCUGCAACAUCGCCGCAAACAGCCGCCACAACCGAAAAAAUAUCAAGGCGAAUACUCCCGAGAAACACGUGAUCACCAUCGUGUACAAUCACAUCCGUUUUCAAGCAACCAUUUGACAUACGACUCUCACGCAGAUGAUGAUUAUCCUGAUGAUGAACCUUAUAGAGACUCCAAUGAACAGUUUUCAAGUGGACCGGGUGAUUUAACUAAUCAAAAAUAUCGGGAGCUAGGCACCAUGCAAGCUGUGCAGCAAUCUCGAGACAUAUACAUGCACCGUCAAAAAUCACUCGCGGACUUGGCCUCUGACCAUAUAAACCGAAUGAAAGUAGCUGCCAGGUGCAGUCGUCCGGUACCACGUGUAUUCCACGUUUCUAACACCACAUCGGAGACUUUUGUGCCUUCCUGCACCAUAUUGCAUCGUUGUGGCGAAGAUACGGGCUGCUGUCGCUCUAUGGGACAAGUGUGCACUGUCAAAUUGUACGAGGAAGUGCCUCUUCAUUUUAUUGUUAUUCAAGUGAACUCGAGUAACUCACGGCCUCAAAUAAAAAUUUUACGACUACGAAACGAUACCGAAUGCCACUGCAUAAAUCGUACAGACUUUACCUCUGCACCAGAGUUAUUCACACGGGAUAAGCGUUCCGGUUUCGAGUUUAGGCGCAGAGAUCAACAAAAUCAGGUGGAAGAUCGUACUGGCCUUAACGACAACAACGAGGAUUAUUUUGGUGCGGUUUGUCGUUGUCCGAGGCAUUUUAUUGUAUUCCAAGAGAAUAUGAGAUGGCAACAAGCACAACAGUGGCCUGAUAUAAAUUUACGUCUUGCGCAUACGUUGAAUUGUCGCUGCGAUUGUGCAGAUAUAAACACACAAUGCCAGCGCUUUAAAAGCGGCGAAGAAGGAUUCCCAAUGGAUGAUCGCAGAUGUAUUGCGGGCAGGAUUUGCAGCGUGCCCAAUUGCUCCUUCGGCAUCUAUAAUGAACAAAUAGGUCGCUGCCCGCGGCCAAGGAGGAAACAAAAGCGUCACAGCGAUGGUUUCGGUUAAACUGGUAUUAUUAUUAAAUUUACUACUACAUAAUCAAGCAUUUAAUACAUAUAAGAAGAUUUAAGUGCUAAUCUUAAAAUAAAUUUUGUACAUAUGAACUGUUCAUUUUGAAAGUGGCUUAAGUACACUGAAGGAAAAUAAUUUUAGAAUUAAAAAAACGUGCUAAAAUUAGAAAAAUGCGCAUAUGAAAGAGCACCAACCCAACUCGUAAUGCACAGUAUGCACAUUUCAAUAUGUGUCGUUGUGCACUUCACACUAGCUUUUUCGUAAUUAAGAAAAAAAAAUCUAAAAUUGUAUAUACCGUCUGAUGGGAAUUGAACCCAGACAUUCUUGGCAGCAACCAAUUUGGACACUUAGGUACAGCCGUAAACGUAAAUGCGUUUUCAAAUGUUGAGCUUGAAUCAACACCACAGCACACGAUUAGUGAAUUUGUACAAAUAAACGUAGGGGUA